AUGGAAGAAGACCAAAUUCCUUCUUCAGAACCACUCGACCUUAACACCAUUCAGAGACAAGUGAGAGAGCUGGAAGAGAUUAUCGAAAGUUGUCGCCAAGACGAUGCCUCAGAAUUAUCCCCUUCAGAUUCUGAUGAUUUAAUCAGAAACUGCGGUCUCCUCCUCCAGAGCAGAGUUGAACAGAUAGUAUCAGAAUGCUCUGAUGUUGGUCUCUUAGAGGAUCAAGAAUUUGAAGCAUACUUAGGACGUUUUGAGCAGGAGCUCAACUCUGUGGAGGCUGAGAGCACCAAGGUCUCAAAUGAAAUUGAGGGUCUCAUUCGAACCCAUGGGGAAGAUUUUAAUCGACUUGGCACUGAUCUUGCACGGUUGAAAUGUUCAUUAGAUUUUGUUGAAGAAAAGGAUCUGGAGAAAGCAAAACUGGGUGCAGAUGUUGAUUACCAUAAAUGUGGGAAAGAUCUGUUGGAUCCGAUGAAUGUGAAUGCAGACAAGUUUGAGCUACUGGAACUUGAAAAUCAGAUUGAGAAGAACAACAUAAUUUUGAAGUCUUUACAGGAUUUAGAAUGUACACUUAAAUGGCUUGACAACACAGAACAGAUUGAGGAUGCAGUUACAGGUCUUAAGGUCAUUGCUUUUGAGGGAAACUGCGUUAGGUUGUCACUUAGGACAUACAUUCCAAAGUUGGAAGACCCAUUCUCCCCAAAAAAAGUUGGAGAUGCCACUGAGCCAUCUGAAGUAUAUCAUGAGCUGCUAAUUGAACUUCUGGAGGGGACUAUGGGUUUAAGGAAUGUUGAGAUUUUUCCAAAUGAUGUAUACAUAAACGAUAUUCUUGAUGCUGCAAAGUCUUUGAGGAAAUCUUCAUUGCAGUGGUUUGUAACAAAAGUGCAAGACAGAAUAGUUCUAUGCACCAUGAGGCGACUAGUGGUAAAAAAUGCAAACAAAUCAAGACACUCAUUGGAGUACUUGGAUAAAGAUGAGACAGUAGUGGCUCAUGUGGUUGGAGGAGUUGAUGCAUUCAUCAAGGUCCCUCAAGGUUGGCCAUUGUUAAGUUCUCCAUUGAAACUGAUAUACCUCAAGAGCUCUGAUCAACAUUCAAAGGGAAUUUCUUUAAGUUUUCUGUGCAAGGUUCAGGAAUUGGCAAAUUCGUUGGCUCUACGAAUUCGGCAGACUCUAUCGAGUUUUGUGGAUGCUAUUGAAGAAAUACUUGUAGAGCAGAUGCGCUCAGAAAUCCAUGGUGAUGCUUCUGAACAAUGA